AUGUUAUCCCCAUCUGCCUGGCCGACUGCCUUGAGCACGAAGCCAUCGUACUCUUCAAGUUGUGAGUUGGAUGCUAGCAAGCUCAUGGUUGAUCGCAGCUUCCCAGAACUGCUUGCGAGAGACCUUACGACCUCAGAAAACAUCUUCAAGUCGAAAGCCAUGACCGCCGGUUGCCCUUUUGCGGGUCUUGCAGCGCCGGAUUUGGUUACGAGCGCCUCCUUUCAACGGCCGCUUCUUCCGCCCCGCGCGGGUCACCAGCAGCAACCUCCAGGCGUGGACAAAUCUCUGUUGCGCCCCUUUGUGAUAGAGGAAGAAGAAGGGUUGUAUGUUGAGGACCUUGACGGCGACGAACGGUUUGGGAUGAAAGACAGCUACCUGGACUCAUCCAAUGUUCAUUCAACAGGAAUGGUGCCUCACUUGAUCCUCGCACGGCAACAAUCUGUUGCCACAGCGGCCACGUCAGAUUCCGGUCGCUGUUCCUCGGUUUUUUCACACAACGCACACUCACCAACGUUCCCUGUGCUCUCGUCCUGUUCUUCAAAUAGAGAGGGCAGUUCACACGGCACGUGGUAUGAGGAUGACCCAGGUUCCCCACAGAAUGGACCUGCAAGCUCGGUAUUCACAGCAAGAACUUCAAUUUCCGACCCACGUCAACCAGCUUUGGAUAUCGGCAAUUACGACGACAUGAUUGAGCCGUCAACACCAACGGAUGAUCCAAAGGGCUUCGCCCAGGCUACCGCCGAAACCCACUCUCCCGGUGGCUCCCAUGGCACUCACCCACGGCCUAGUACACCCAUAAGGCAACCACAUCCCGAAAAGGCCCGCAUCGUUGACAUUCCGCCCUUAUCCACGGGCUUGAAAUGGGCCUCAUCCCGGAAAUGGGACCGCCAUCGCCCAGGAUCACCUUCGGUAGCAUCGUUGUCCCGGGAGAUGACGGUUCCGGUCGGGGUUACUGAGGAGCACCGACAAAGUGAACGCAUUCCGGGGAACACUCGGCCUAAUGUGCCUCUGCUCGAGACGGCUAAUGGCCGAACCGUCAUUGACGCAUCCGCGCCGCCUCCGAUAGCGUUUGCCAGCAGAGACCAGGCCCUGCACCGUUUCAACGCUCGCCCGUUGUCCUCCAUGGCCAUUGAUGAGAAUGAGAUUUUCGAUGACGGCGAAGAACCAAGCGCGAUGGCAUACGCGGAGGCGCUUUCAAAAGCCAAAAAGCCGUCACUUCCCGACCUCCGCCGUUGGGUUGAAGCCACCUCCGAAACGUUUGCCGCGUCCCAGAAGAGCACGUCUUAUACGCCAAGUGCACCCGGCAUUCCACUGCCACCGGAGGUCAUUGAGUCUCUCCGGGUAUCUAUAGCCUGCUUUCCAGAGACGAUGCUCCUCACCUCGAGCCUCUCAAUCGAGACCAUCCGCGCGACUCUCUCCAUCCCGCACAAAGCCGCCACCCUCCUCGGCAUGGACGACCCCAUCUCCGCAGCAGCACCCUACAGCAAACCGUCGCCGUCGCCGUCGCCGUCGCGCCGCGGCGUGCUGAGCCGUGGUCGCCGCGAUAAAUUCCCGCUGAACGACUUGUUCGCGACUUCGGCUCCUGUCGCCGCUGGUAGUGGUGGUGGUGGUGGUGGUGGUGGGGGUGGGUACGGGUUAUCGCGCAGCGGGACGGUCGGCGGCGGGCGCGCCCGGAGCGGGACGGGUGGGAGUAGUAGGAGUGGGACGAGUCAUGGGUUUCGUGGUGGUGGUGGUGGUGGUGUUUGUCAGGAGGGUGGUGGGGGUGGAGCGGCGCUUCUGGCGGGGCUGGGGAGGUGCGUCAGCAUGCUGGUUGCGACGAUGAGGAAGGAGGGGGGCGAGGGCGGGGAUGCGGGUUGGGGGGUGAUCUUGGAGAAUGGGGAGGGGAGCGUGGAGGGGGUGGAUGGUCUGGAUUCCGGUGUUGAUGAGGGCCAUUUGUGA